AUGUUGUAUUCUGUACUCCAUAUUCGUGGUUGGCUGAUGGUCAUAGCUCGCUUUGCUUUCUCGUCUGCCAUAGCCACUGGAACAUUUUUAGCAUAUUCCGUAGCUGGAAGCAAGGACUAUGUCAUACCGGACGAGACGUCAUUGUUGGGCCCGUGUGAGGGUGUUCAGAUCGAGCCAUCAAGUGAAUUUGUAACGCCUUUAUCUCCAACAAAACGAUUCGGUGCCCGCAUAGCGGAAGACUCAGUUAUCCCACCCGAAUCUCCGGACAUGAAGUUUGCUCGAGAUAGGCUUGGGACUUUACUAACGUCCAUACGACAGGGUGAAACACCGUGGCUGAAUCCGCUGGACAAGAAGCAGUCAGCGGAAACAAGCGAGUUGCGAAGAGGACCAGGCCGUCCAAGGAAAGUACAGAACAAGGACAAACAAGUUGUGUUCGAGUUACGUGGCAAACCCUUCGGUCUACGCGAUGGUCAUACAGAUUCAAUGUAUCAGCUAUGCAGAGCGUGGAUGCGCGGCAAAGCCAGCGAACCAUGCGAACCACAGCAACCCGCACCUCCACCAGGCGACACAUCCUUGGAUCUUCUUGUGAUGCGUGACAUUGUGGCGCUUCCACGAGCUCGUUCUCCGUAUCCAGUACCGAAUGAAUGGCCUGAUAAAAAAAGCAUUGAUCGGUUCGAUGCGAGCGUGGAUCCUCAAGACAUUGAUGCUCUGCGUGACGAAUAUGCGAGACACUGGAAGCAAGUCAAAAACGGGUGG